UUAACAUCUGUUUUGCCUCAAUACUUUUUUACUUUGUUUCUUCAUUUAUACCAGAACUUACAGAGCCAUACCGAACAUCUCAUAAAUAAUCACAAACACGAGAUCAAUAUUGAGAAGAGCCAAAACAAGAAGUUGAAAAACUCCUUACAGAAUUUGGAAGAGAAAUUCGGUCAGUUGGAACUGCAGCUUUUGGAAAAGGAGAAAGAAUUAGAAGUUUGGAAUAUUUACAGCAACCGACAAAAAGCUGUUGCCAACAAGUUAAAUGGUUCCUUCAACACACCACGAUCAACUCCUUCCGUUAAGAACAAAUUUAAUGAGAAAAUACCUCCAAUGACUCCUCCUUUUCAUCGUAUUAAGAAGUAUGAAGAAUUAAGAAGACAGAAGGAAUUGAAAAGGGCACAAGAGAAGCUGGCAAUGAAGAAUUCUUCCACUGCUCAGAAUUCAGGAGAUAUAAAAAAUGUACAAAAUAUUAACCAUCUGAGUAAAGCAUUCAAUACAAAAGUAUUGCUGUCUGAAAAGCAUGGCCACACAGAGAAAAUUCCAGAAAAAACACAAGAAGAGAGCAAGGAGUGGGAGAAGAAGGAAAUGAAGUUUACAGCUGACAGCUAUGAGCAAGAGCCAGAUAUAGCUGAACAGAUGAAUACAGAUAACAAACAGAUGGAAAAGCGAAAGGAAACAGAGAAGAUAAGUGUAAAUGAUGAUUUGGGUUACAAGUUAGAAAAGAUUGAAGAAACAAAACCAAAGGAAUCAAUACCAAAGAAGGCACCUGAAGAACUGAAACAGGUCUACAGUGAUAGGGAAAUGGCAGAAUUAAAACAGAAACAAGAUGAGGAACGUAGAAAGAAGGAUUUACUGCUGGCAAAGUUAAAAGAAAUUGAUGAUAAUCCUGAAAUGCCUUUGAAGUCUGAUAGCAUGUUCUCCAAUGAAAAUGUGUCAACUAAAGCUGAUAAUAAAACACAUUAUUCAUUCUCACAGAAGACUGAGAACCUUCACCAGGGUCGUCCAGUGAAUGAACAUAACUCUAAUAGAAGAAAUUCUCCAUUAACAUUAAAUGGAUUCUCAGAAAAAGUCACGGCACCCUUAGAUAUUAAAAAUGAUUUAUUGCUUUUAAAGGACAAAUCCAUUGAUGAUUUUUUGGCACAAGAUAUAUCGUUGGCUUCUUACAAACCUAUGAAUGAGUUUCAAGGAAGAAAUGGAGAUGCCAAUGAUGCUAAAUGGCACCAAAAGUCAAUUGGAAAGAACAAGAACAGUAUUUUCAAAGAGCUACUUGAAGACACUCCCCAAGACAAUCUGCCAAGCAAUGGAGACUUUUUAGGUUUUAAGUAUAGUGAUGGGGACUCAAACCACAUUGGCUCUUCAGAACCAGAUGUUUGGGAUGUCAGCAAUGUGUUGAGAAAUGACAGCAGAAACAAUGAGAAACAUUCCACAAAGCUGUUGCCAUCUCGUCAGCAAAUGAAUAGGUUUGAGAAGAGGUCAACAUUGGACUCUUUAGACAAUUCCAUGGACAGUGUUGAAGAAAUCAUUCUUUGAUGGUGUUUCAGUGGAAAUAUCAUAUGCUAUGGUAUCAUGGUUUAUUUAUUUUGUUAUGUUAUAUUGCAGGAUAUCAGAUGAAUUUAUUUAUUUUUCUGUUAAAACAGGGUAAAAAAAAAUAACCCCAAAAAAACCAUGACUAUAAAGAUAUACAAUGAUUUCUUUUUAAGAAAAAAAUCUCAAAUUACUGAGCUUACAAAAAUUGAUUAAAUAAAAAAGUAAAUAAUUAUAUUUUGGGGGUUUUUAUAUUUGAGGAACGAUACUGUACACAUAUCACAUAUGUUAUAUUUAUUGUUAUGUAUAAUAUAUAAAUAAUAUUACAAUAAAUGGUUUCUCUUGUA